UUUGGUUUUCUUACUCUUUUAGGUUGGUCGUGAAGUAGCACAUCCUGGUGUAGCUAAUGAUUUCGACGAAGAAGAUGCCAAAAAAUAUUAUACCUACUAUCAAUGGGUUUGCUUUGUACUCUUCUUCCAGGCUAUAGCUUGUUAUACGCCGAAAUUUCUCUGGGAUAAAUUUGAAGGCGGUCUGAUGCGUAUGAUCGUUAUGGGUCUCAAUAUAACAAUUUGUACAACAGAAGAGAAAUAUGCCAAGAAAGAAGCUCUACUGGAUUACCUAAGUAAACAUAUUAAGCGUCAUAAAAUGUAUGCUUUACGGUACUGGUUAUGCGAGGUGUUAUGCUUCGUUAACAUUAUCGUGCAAAUGUAUAUAAUGAAUCGUUUCUUCGAUGGCGAAUUCUUAUCAUACGGUACCCGUAUUAUGCAAUUAUCCGAUGUGCCACAGGAGCAGCGUUUCGAUCCAAUGGUUUACGUGUUUCCACGUGUCACUAAGUGCAUCUUUCAUAAAUAUGGCUCAUCCGGUUCACUGCAAAAACACGAUUCCCUAUGUAUACUGCCGUUAAAUAUUGUCAAUGAGAAAACUUAUGUCUUUAUAUGGUUUUGGUAUAUGAUAUUAUUAUUCUUAUUGGCGGGAUUAAUCAUUUUCCGAGCUGUUAUUAUUUUAUUGCCCAAUUUUCGGCCACGUUUAUUACAUGCUCGUAAUCGUAUGAUAAGCUUGGAGACUUGCCGCAUCUUAUCGGAAAGACUAGAUAUCGGUGAUUGGUGGCUAAUUUAUAUGUUGGGCUGCAAUCUUGAUCCUAUGAUUUACAAAGAGGUUAUGAAUGAAUUCUCCAAAGAUUUGGAACCAUCUGCUAAUAAAUAAUACCUACAACUAUAGUCCCUAUCCCUUCCAAAAAGCAAAAAA